AUGUGGUUUGUGUAUCAUAUCAUGAGAAUAUUGUUGCUCGUGGAGCCAUGUUAUCGAACAAAAGAAAAGGUUUCUAGCACACGCUUUUUGGUAAGUAGCAUUAUGUGCUACGUGACCUCAGAUGCUGACCCUUUGCGAGAUGAAAUAGAUGAUUUUUGUAAACAAUUAAUACUUAACAACGUAUCUUAUUCAGCUAAAGGAAUAUGCAACAUAAGUAGACAUCUUAUAUCCACGAUUAUUGGCAGCAUCACAACAAUUAUAGUUUUUCUUUAUCAGCUCUGAAGUAAUGUAUCUUUAGCAAAGAAUCGGA